AUGGGAGAUAACAGAAGAAUGACUUUGCUUAGAGGCCUCCAAGUAUUUACAGAUGAGCUUGAGGAAGAUAAACAAGUUGGAAUAAAGCUCAUUGGUAAUAAAACUGAUAACUUUUUGGGUAUCAUUAGAGGUCCAGUAGGAACACCAUAUGAGGGGGGAGUAUUUCAACUCGAUAUAAUUGUUCCAAAAGAAUAUCCAUAUGAACCCCCAAAAGUCAAAUUUAUUACAAAAAUUUGGCAUCCAAACAUUUCUAGUCAAACUGGAGCUAUUUGCCUAGAUAUUUUAAAAGAUGCCUGGAGUCCUGCAUUGACUCUUAGAACCGUAAUGCUUUCCAUCCAAGCAUUACUCUCUUCUCCUGAACCUAACGAUCCUCAAGAUGCACUAGUUGCAUCUCUAUACAAAAAUGAUUAUUCGAAAUAUAUUGAAACUGCCAAAAAUUGGACUCAAAUGUACGCAAAACCAACGUCAAAAGAAGAAAAGGUUAAAAGAUUCCUCGAUAUGGGAUUUAACCGUGAUUCUAUAAUAACGGCACUAGAAAGAAAUAAUUGGGAUGAAAAUUUCGCUCUAAAUGAGUUAUUAUCUGAAAACUAA